AUAUAUAGAAGUAAACUUUUCAAUAAACAUGUCCGAUGCUGAGCAAACGAGUGUGCCACAAAGUGCGGCAACAAGCGAGUGUCAUGGCGAUGGAGCUUGGCUAAAGCAAGAAGAGAAAUUGAAAGCGGAUACAUUGAAUGCGCUUAUGUCUCAGCGCUUGCAAAAGUUAGCCGAGUACGAGAAUGCACAAAAUCAAUGGCAAACUGAUGCAGUGAGUCAGGAUACGCAGUCCGAGUCCUGGGCAGCAUUUUGGAGUGAUAUAGAAGCAGCUAAACGCGCACAAAGCGAUUAAUUAGCUUUAACUACAUUAAUUUAUUUAUUUUUGUUUAUUUUUAACGCCAACUUAUCGAUGCAGAUACAUCGAUAACACUGCUUACACGAUAGUUUAGUUAAAUGCAGCGCUGCUAAACAGCUGAGCAAAAUUCUAGUGCUUGUGAUCAAAAUGUUACACCAAUGGAAACGCGCAGAAGUCGAAUUAAUGCUGAAGCUGUAUAUAAAAUACAAGUCUGGUAAUCACUCUGGCCGAACGAGAGUUUGGGAAAAUGUGGUUAAGGAAAUGCAAAGUCGUGGAGUUUAUCACUGCAAUAUGCAACCGGAUCGUAAAUUUCAUUGCUUAAUGUCCACAUAUUAUAAAACAAAAAAACGCUUACAAGGUCAAAGUCCAGUUGCUAGAAAAUCAAAAUGGUACUACUUUAAUAUUAUGAAAAGCAUAGCUGAGGCCGCUGAUGAGCCUGCAUAUGAUGAUGACGAUAAAGAUGCAGUAAUUUGCUUAGAUGACAUUGAAACCGAUGAUGAUGAUGAUAUUGAUAUAGAGCAGCUAAUGCUGGCCAUAGAUCAGCCGACAGCUAGUGAAGUUGACUCGGCUUAUAGCAACUUAAACGAAGCGCUGAAAUUUUCGGGUGUAAAGCAGUUGGUAGCCAUACGUGAGGACUUGGAGCAAACCAAUGCGCUACAAGAAGAGAGCAACGAGUUGCUUAAGCAGAAUAAUGAACUUAUGGAAAAAUUUUUAGCGCGGCGUACAAAAUAAUUUUAAUGUAAUGUUCAAAUUAAAUAAAUA